UGGGGGAGAAGGAUACUCUACGAGUACCGUACGAACUCCCCUGGAGAGAUUCCCCUUGGGUUAUACACCACACGAGCCACCCGCCUGCCAAUGGCAUCAAUAACCGUAAGCAUUGCCUUCCCAUUUCUGCUGCUGCCGGCACCCAGGAUCCGCGGGCGGGAACGAUAGUACAGCAGAGAAUUUGCCCCAGGAUACACUUGUACCACUCCUCAGAUGGCGAAUAGGGAUCCUAAUUUUUGGCAAUUGUUUCCCUCCACCCCCAACGUCAGAACUAACGGAAGGAAGCGAAACCAUCAGCUGCAAUUGGCCUCCUUCGAGUCGCUGGCAAGUAUUUACUGCAAUGUUUAUCCACUGCAGUAUUCCGCACACCACUAUCAGGUCGCCUCAAUGGACGGGGGUGAGCCGAGCACAUGGAGGUGCUUCGUGGUGCUUCAUGGUGUGGUUCCUAUUAUGUUUUGGGAGAUUGGUCAGUCCAUGUUCUGCUGGCAAGGUCGUGGGGUCUGGUUCGGUGGUUCGAUAACCCGGAAACCAAAGCAGUUGGUUUUUUGUCUUUAAAUCCUUUGAAGGGCUCGGUCACUCGCCAGUCAGAACCCGUCCGGGUUGGAUAGUGAAGGGCCCUAGCAUCCAUAUUAAGGCACAGUCGCAAUGGAGCCGCUAAAAAACACUGGUCCUAAAGACCAUAAUAAUAUUAUUAUUAUGAUGGAACUACUUGGGCCACCAAUGAGGCAAGGCAACUUGAAUACCCUUAUCAACACCUGAUAAGGGACAAAUUAUUCUAUAAAUUGCCAUUCUCAUAUUCUAUAUCUUCCCCCAUCCAUCAUUGUUCAUCCACCACCAUUCAUCCACUACCACUAUCAUAGACGAUAAUCUCUGAACCCCUUCCCAUGGACAAUAUAUCCUCCUUUGGAUAUGUCCCCUCCUCCAUAUGCAUCUCUGCCUCUAUGGGAGUUAUUAUGAUCGCUUUAUUGGGCUUGCCACCUGAUCUAGCAGGGUCAGCAUUCAUAGCUGGCCCUCUAGAUCAGGGACGGCGCCCAGUGGGUGGGUGGAUCACCACUCAUUCCACCCCUACAAGAUUGGUAAAUAUCCUGACCAAAAUAGCAUUUCCCUUCCAAGUAAGAGGUGUUUUUUUUCUUUUUCUUUUUCUUUCAAUUAAGUCAGUAUAAAGGCACCAUUGAUAUGCCAGCCUUGGUACCAGUUCGGGAGACUGUAUCAAAGUUAGACGGGAUUUGGGGCCAUCCUUGGUGCAGGUGACUAUUAGGGUCAAAGGGGACCUUGUGCCAGUGCCCCCCCUGCGCUGACCCUUUGUCGAGGAGAAAUCCUCUGAAAAUUGUGAUAUCAGUGCGGGGUCGUUAUGACCGAUGCAACUGGAAGGGGAUAGGAGUAGUAGGACUAAUAAAUAAUAUGGUCAUUUCUUAGUGUUAGCGUCCACAAUGGUGAACUCCUGUGAGUGGGAGGUAGUGAUGGGCUGACAGGCGUGGUUUAGAGGAUUUAGCAAGAUUUAAUGUAUGGUAUUUAUUUUGAGGAUUAUUUUGUAAA